AUGUUGCGGAUAUGGCGGGUGAUGUUCGAGUGGUGGCAGUGGCAAUUCUCGCGCCUCGGAUGGCUCGUGGGUCGCCGGCCACUCGCCAGCAUCUUCGUCGCGUGCGUCGUCAUCAUUCUCUGCUCGCUCGGACUGCUACGAGCCAGCUUCAUUGAAAACAUCGACGCGCUCUGGGUAAGUUAUGGCACGUUUCUCGACUCGUUCUGGGUGCCGAGCACGUCGAAGACGAUCGUGGACCAGCGCAAGUUCGACGCGUACUUCCCCACCAACCCCUUUUCGCGCGUGGAGCGCGUGAUCAUCGUGCCCAAAGACCCCUCCGCCGACAUGCUGCAGCCGCACCUGCUCAACCAGACGUACAACAUCUACAUGUCACUGCUGAACCUGACAGUGACAGCCAACGACAACAGCACGGUGGGCAUCAAGCAGAUGUGUGCGCAGCCAGUGAAGAACGGCGGGUGUGUGUACUACAGCCCGCUCGCCUACUGGAAGGACGACCGCGCGCUCAUGCUCUCCCGGACCGAUGCACAGCUGCAUGCUGACGUGGACGAGCUGCUGCUGUCGGGUCUGAUCCCGGUGCAGCAGCGGCAGGUGCUGGGUUGCCUGGUAAAGACGCCAUCCAAAGUGUACGCGGGCAACUAUGACGUCAAGUCCGUGGGAGCCCUCAUCUUCACAUUCUUCCUGGACGUGUCUCUCAAGGGCACGCCCACAGUGGAGCGAUGGGAGACAGCACUCUUGGAUAUGCUCGACACGUACCCGUACGAGGACGUGGUGGCAUACGCAGCAACGGGAGUCUCAACCUCGCAGGAGAUCUCGCGGCAGUCGAGGGGGGACGUGUUCCUCCUGGGAGCGAGCUACAUCAUCAUGACGCUCUACAUGCUUGUCGCCCUCACCACCUUCAAGCCCUUCCGCACGCGCUUCCUGCUGGGCCUGGGCGCGCUUGCUACGGUGGCUUCGGGGAUUCUCUCCUCGCUCGGCUUCAGCGCUCUCUUUUACCAGUUCAACCCGCUCACCAUCCAGGUGCUGCCAUUCGUGAUGCUGUCAAUCGGCAUGGACAGUGUCUUCAUCCUCUACACGCACUUCCAGAAGUCCCUCACCUCGCUUCCCCACACGCCCCUCUCCAACCUCGACAUUGCCAUGGCGCUCGAGGACGCGCUGUACCGGCAGGGGGCGAGUGUGGCGCUGACGGCGCUGACCAAGGCGAUCUCGUUCCUGUGCCCGUGCAUCGUGCUGCGCAUCCCCGCACUGCAGGAGUUCUGCAUCGUCGUCGCCAUCGCCGUGCUCUUUGAGCUCCUCUUCUCCUUCACCGCGUUCAACGCCUUCCUGAUCUUGGACGCGCGCAGGGAGAGGGACAACCGAUACGACUGCAUCCCGUGCAUUUCACGCAACGGCCGGCGCACCAAGCCACAGCCGAGCCAGCAGGAGCUGCUCCGAAACACAUCCGCUGCCAAUCCCUUUCCUCAUUCCGCCUCUGCUGUUGAUUCUGCCGCCGCCGCCGCUACUGCUGCUGCUGCUGCUGCCGCCGCCGCCGCCGCUGCUGCUGCUAAUAGUGAUGGUGCUGCUGCUGCUGCUGCUAACGGUGCUGUGAAUGGCACUGCUAACGGUGCAGCGUGGGUUCCUCUAAGUCAGAGCAGUAGCCCUCCUGCCACUGAUGUGACUGUAGAGGGAGCAGGAGACGACAAGGAAGCCAUCAAAGCUGCGCAUAUAAUCACAGCACCUCCAGCUAUGGGACCCGAAACCCACGAUCCCGCCGCCGCCGCCGCUGCUGGUAACACCGGCGCCGUCGCGGCCGCCGCGAACGGAACGGGCAACGGCGCGAAGCUAUCGAAGGAGGAGAAGCAGCAGCGCAAGGCGGAGAAGCGGGCCAAGGUGAAGAGCGACGGAGGGCUGAUUGACAUCUCGGGCAGCACGGAGAAGGAAGCAAAGACGUUCUACGGGCGGUUCAUCUGCCUGUACUAUGUGCCGUACGCGCUGUGCCACUGGGCGGGGCAGCUGGUGAUCUUCCUGGUGUUUGGCGCGCUGCUGGGCGUGGGCAUCUAUGGGUGCAUCACGGUGGAUGAGACUUUGGAUGUGCGCACGCUCAUCACGCAGGGCACCCAGCUGUACCACUACCUUGGAUACGAGGAGACGUGCAACACGCACAUCGGCCCGCCCAUGUAUCUGGUGACCGAGAACAUUGACUACUCGUCUCUGCAGAACAGGCCGUACAUGGAGCGGCUGACAGGGCUGGUGCAGAACUCCACGUGGAUUGAGCCGCCCGUGUUCUCCUGGUACCGCGACUUCACAGAGAAGUUCCUGCCGUACAGCAAGUGGGUCACGCAGCUGGACAGCAAUGGGCAGCUGCCCUCUCGGGAGCUCUUCCAUGCGGCGCUCGACAACUUCCUCAACGACAGCAUGGAGGGCUUCGCCUACAUCUACGACUUUGACUUUGAGCGCAACAACCGCACGGGCGCCAUCGAGGCCAUCAAGGCCGCGCGCAUGCGGGCGUUCUACAACCCGCUCAAGGGCACGGGCGAGUUUGUCAACGCCAUGCUGGACGUGCGCGCACGGGUUGACUCCGUUCCGCAGGUACCGGCGUUCACCCAGAGCUACUUCUAUGUGUUCUACGAGCAGUUCCUGGACAUCGUGCAGCAGUACAUCUGGAUGCUCGUGUUCACCAUCAUCGGCAUCUUCUGCAUCACCUUCAUCUUCAUGGGCUUUAAGACCGCCAUCAUCGUCUCCGCCAUGGUGCUCAUGAUCCACAUCUCCAUGCUCGGCCUGACGGCGGAGUGGGGGGUGCAGCUGAACGCGGUGUCUGCAGUGAAUGCAGUGGCAAUCAUGGGGCUGGCGGACGAAUACGUGAACUACAUCAUGCGCGCAUUCGAGCUCGACCACGGCAACCCACAGGACCGGAUCCGCUCGGCCCUGCUGCAGUAUAUCCGUCCCAUCACCAACGCUGCCUGCUGCACAGUGCUGGGCAUCCUCCCGCUCGCCUUUGCCAAGUCGGCUGUGUACAACGUCUACUACUUCCGCAUGUUCCUCGUCGCCACACUCCUCUCGUGGGGCACGGGAAUUAUUUUCCUGCCUGCGUUCCUGCUCGCGCUGCACGGCGUGGGCAUGACAAAGCCGCUGUAUGUGUUGGGGCUUGCGGCUAAGGAGAAGUUUUUGCGGUGGAGAGGCAAGAAGCAGCAGCAUGAGCAUACUUCGGAUGACGGGGAGGAGGGAGGGAAGACAGAGCCAGCGGAGAGUGAGGUAGCACAACCUGAAGAGGUUAGGGUUUAG